AGUGGAGUUGCGACUCUCAGUUUUUGUUCACGAUUCGAGAAGGCGUCGAGAUGACCAAAGUCGCGGAUCAGUGCGAACCAUGGAUGGUUUCAAAUGUUGAAUAUGGCAGCGGGGUAGCCGCACUUCAUCAAGAGAUUGAACAUUUCUACAACUACAUGGUUUCGACGCCCACGGAGUAUAUGAUGCGCAUGGAGGCUGUGCAUCGGAUUGAGCGUGUUGUACUGAGUAUUUGGCCCGAUUGCUGCAUUGAAGUCUUUGGUUCUUUUCGCACCGGUCUAAAUCUGCCCAUCUCUGAUAUCGACAUUGCUGUUAACAAUUUCUAUUGGCAAGGCUCGCCAUUGCUUGAGCUAAGAGAUACACUGAUUGCACGAGGAGUGACCGAUGAUGUCAAUGUCCUGGACAAGGCCUCGGUGCCGGUUGUUAAAUUUACAGAGCAGAUAUCACGAAUAAAAUUUGACAUUUCAUUCAAUACGACGUCGGGCGUUAAGGCGGCCGAGCUGGUGCAGCAGUUUAUAGAACAGUUCCCAGAACUACCCAAACUAGUCAUAGUACUGAAGCAAUAUCUACUGCUACAAGGCCUAAAUGAAGUAUACAGUUCAGGCGGUAUUUCAUCAUAUUCCGUCACACUCAUGUGCAUCAGCUUCCUGCAGCAACAGUCGCUAAGCGAGGCUAAGAACUGCAAGAAUGAUAACAAAUUGGGCAAGCUACUGCUCAAGUUUCUGGACUUUUAUGGACGCAAGUUUGACUACUUUAAGUAUGGAAUCUCUGUUCGUGGCAGCGGGGGAAUCGUGGAGAAGUGUGUGCUGCAAAACUCUUUCGCUGAUGGCAGCUGGCUAUCGGUUCUGACCAUUGAGGAUCCUAUUACGCCGACUAACGACAUUGGACGCAGCUCGUUUGGAGCACUGGAUGUGAAGCAAGGCUUUGAAGUAGCUUUUUUAAAGCUGUCGAAGCAGGUUGACAUGGACGCCUCGAAAAGAAGUGGAUCUAUUCUGGCCAGCAUUAUCAAUGUGCCACAGUCUGUGAUGAGCUAUCGAAAUUGGGUGCACUUCAAGUUUCGACAUUUGACCGACAUCAGUGCGGAGCCUGUCAAUGGCAUAGAGCAGUAUUUUGAUAUUGACGUCAAAUUGCAAUUGAAUGCCACCACAUCGGAGGAUGAAGAGGAAGAUAAGAAGGAGAUAGGCAGCAAUCUCAACGACAUGCCUCUGACCCACAAUGGUUGUCAAUACAAGGGCUUAGGCUGUUAAGUUUAGUCAUAUAUAAUAAUUU